ACUCAAACUGACCCCACAAGUCCCUCUCUUGCAUUUUCUCUUCCUUUUUCUUCUCUCUUUUCCCUUUCUUUCUCCCUUUUACAUCACACCACACACUCUUUUCACUCAAAACAACACUCUCAAAAACCCACUCAUUUUUCAUUGUUGAUGCUUAUGAUCAAAUGGGUAAGCUUCAUUUUGCAUUAAGUUUUGUUCUUUUGAUUCUACUUGCAAAUGUCUCAGCUGCACCACUACUAACCUCACCUAUUUCACCUGCAAAGAUUGUUAAUGGGUUUCUCUCAAAUGUUGUGCCUGUUUUCACCAAUUGGGUGUUUUCUCUCAAACCAACAGCUAAAAAAGCGAUUGCUGGGAAGUCGAUGAUGAAGUUUGAGAGUGGAUACAAUGUGGAGACAGUGUUUGAUGGAAGUAAGCUUGGAAUUGAGCCAUAUGCAGUUGAGGUGUUGUCUAAUGGGGAGCUUUUGAUUCUGGAUUCGGCUAAUAGUAACAUUUAUAGGAUUUCAUCAUCACUUUCUUUGUAUAGCAGACCAAAACUAGUGGCAGGAUCUGCUGAAGGAUACUCUGGACAUGUUGAUGGGAAAUUAAGAGAGGCUAGGAUGAACCAUCCAAAGGGGAUUACUGUUGAUGACCGAGGAAAUAUCUAUGUUGCAGAUAUUAUGAAUAUGGCUAUUAGGAAAAUUAGCGAUUCAGGGGUCACAACAAUUGCUGGAGGAAAAUUGGGCCGUGGAGGGGGCCAUGUUGAUGGACCAAGUGAAGACGCUAAAUUCUCUAAUGACUUUGAUGUGGUUUAUGUUGGAAGUAGCUGUUCCCUGCUCGUCAUUGACAGAGGAAACCAAGCGAUCAGGGAGAUCCAAUUACGCUUUGAUGACUGUGCUUAUCAAUACGAAAGUGGCUUUCCACUUGGAAUUGCAAUGCUUAUUGGAGCUGGUUUCUUUGGUUAUAUGCUGGCAUUACUUCAGCGUCGACUAAGUACAAUUGUUGCAUCUCAGGGGGUCGAGGGCCCAGUAAUGUCGGCCAUUUCACCCAGUCCAUACCAAACGCCGUUGAAAUCUGUCAGACCUCCUCUGAUUCCAUCAGAAGAUGAAUCUUAUAAGCAAGAAGAAGGUCUCUUUGGAUCUAUUGGGAAGCUUCUUUCCAAUGCUGGGGCAUCAGUAGUUGAAAUAAUGGGUUUCAGGAAAAAACCGCAAAGCUAUGAAUUUCAAAGCCAACCCUUAUUCCAUCAACCUGAAAAUCAAGUAAAUGGUUGGCCUGUGCAAGAAAGUUUUGUAAUUUCAAAUGAAGAUGAACCCCCUUCUAUUGACCCGAGAACUCCAACCCCUAAGAAAACAUAUCCUUUCAUGUCCAAAGACGCCGAAAAAAUGCAACAACUGUGGCAAGGUCGAGCGAUCUAUAAUGGAUGGGAUGGAGAUCUUCAGCAGCAGAAGCAACAACAAAAACUUCUAUAUAGUGGGUGGGAAGGAAAUCAUCAGCAGCUGCAACAACAACAGCAACAAAAACAUAUGUAUAAUGGAUGGGAUGGAGAUCUUCAGCAACAGCAGCAACAGCAAAAACAUCAUUAUCGUCAUCAGUCUCAUUCAUCAGUCGCUCACACUUACUAUGAGCAAAGUCGCGAGGAAACCAAUGAGAUAGUAUUUGGAGCAGUGCAGGAACAAGAUAAGGAGUCUGUGGUUAUCAAGCCUUUGGAUUACGGUGAUUCUCUCUAUGAUCAUUCCAAUAUGCGGCCUCGAAUCAGUUCCAUUGGUUAUAUCCAAAAGUACUGAGUAUAUACAAUAAAAUAUGUUUUGCAGUACUGAGUAUGUACUGAGUAUAUCCAAUAGGUAAGGGUGAAAUCAAGUACAAAAUUUAUAAUGAUUUCUUUUAAAUAGUAGGAUCUCAUCUUAGUAAGGAGAAGUUGGUCAUCGGAAAACUAAUUGUUUGUUCGGUUUUGCCAAAUUUUCGGCUGCUCUGGUGUGUAAACAAAUUGAACAUUGAGCAUAAUUUAAGGGCAAGAUCAAGAAAUCUUGGCAUGUUAUUGAUUC